CGGAGCCCGGCGCGAGGAUCCUGCAGGUCGGAGCCCGGCGGGUCGCAGCCACAGAUCUCAGCCACAGAUCCGAGCCGUAGAUCGGAGCCAGAGCCUAGAGGGCGGCAGCGAGGGAGGGGUCUCCAGUGCCUGAAGGAAGUGGUGGGUCAUGGCCUCUAUGCUGCUCGCCCGGCAGCUGGCCUGCCGCUUCCAGCACGACUCCCGCCUGCUGGUGCCAGGAUCCAGACAGAUCAGUCAAGCUGCAGCCAAAGUGGAUAUUGAGUUUGAUUAUGAUGGGCCUCUGAUGAAGACAGAAGUGCCAGGGCCUAGAUCUCAGGAGUUAAUGAAACAGCUGAAUAUGAUUCAGAACGCAGAGGCCGUGCAUUUUUUCUGCAAUUAUGAAGAGAGCCGAGGCAACUACCUGGUCGAUGUGGAUGGUAACCGGAUGCUGGACCUGUAUUCCCAGAUCUCCUCUGUCCCCAUAGGUUACAGCCACCCUGCCCUGGUGAAGCUCAUCCAACAGCCUCAGAAUGUGAGCACAUUCAUCAACAGACCUGCCCUCGGAAUACUGCCUCCGGAGAACUUUGUGGAGAAGCUCCGGUCGUCCUUGCUCUCGGUGGCUCCCAAAGGGAUGUCGCAGCUCAUCACCAUGGCCUGCGGCUCCUGCUCCAAUGAAAAUGCAUUCAAGACCAUCUUCAUGUGGUACCGGAGCAAGGAAAGGGGACAGAGGGGCUUCUCCAAAGAGGAGCUGGAGACCUGCAUGAUUAACCAGGCCCCCGGCUGCCCCGAGUACAGCAUCCUCUCCUUCAUGGGCGCGUUCCACGGGAGAACCAUGGGUUGCCUAGCGACCACGCACUCCAAAGCCAUUCACAAGAUCGACAUCCCUUCCUUCGACUGGCCCAUUGCACCAUUCCCACGGCUGAACUAUCCUCUGGAAGAGUUUGUGAAAGAAAACCAACAGGAAGAAGCCCGCUGUCUAGAAGAGGUGGAGGAUCUGAUCGUCAAAUACAGGAAAAAGAAAAAGACGGUGGCCGGGAUUAUCGUGGAGCCCAUCCAGUCGGAGGGCGGAGACAACCACGCGUCAGACGACUUCUUUCGGAAGCUGAGGGACAUCGCCAGGAAGCAUGGCUGUGCCCUCUUGGUGGAUGAGGUCCAGACUGGAGGGGGCUGUACCGGCAAGUUCUGGGCCCAUGAGCACUGGGGCUUGGACGACCCAGCAGACGUGAUGACCUUCAGCAAAAAGAUGAUGACUGGUGGCUUCUUCCACAAGGAGGAGUUCAGGCCUAAUGCUCCCUACCGGAUCUUCAACACCUGGCUGGGGGACCCGUCCAAGAACCUGCUGCUGGCCGAGGUCAUCGACGUCAUCAAGCGGGAAGACCUGCUGAAUAACGCAGCGCACUCCGGGAAGGUCCUGCUCACGGGGCUGCUGGACCUCCAGGCCCGGUACCCCCAGUUCAUCAGCAGAGUGAGAGGCCGAGGCACUUUUUGCUCCUUCGACACUCCAGAUGAAUCAGUACGGAAUAAGCUCAUUUUGAUUGCCAGAAACAAAGGUGUGGUGUUGGGGGGCUGCGGCGACAAAUCCAUUCGUUUCCGUCCCACACUGGUCUUCAGGGAUCACCACGCUCACCUGUUCCUCAAUAUUUUCAGCGACAUCUUAGCAGACUUCAAGUAAAGAAGCCAUUUCCACGACACUCUGAGGAAGCCCCGAUCUCAACAGUUGUCAAAUUGAUUAGUUUGCCUAAUUCAUGUUUUCACUUAAAAGUAUCAGAGGUGAA